CCGUUCUCCUAGCUAAUCCGGAUAGGUAUGCUCUACACGCCUAUGAUGUAUUCGAAAGGUAUGAGUCCAGAGACUCGAGCUGCGAGAAGAAACCGAAGUCUCUUACGGACGGAAGGGAACGCAUGGGACUGCGCGACGGCUGUGAGGUUUUUAGCUAGUGAGCAGGCCCGUUGGAUCACGGGUAUGGUACUCACAGUCGAUGCCGGAGCCACAGCCGUGUCAGCCAUUGAGCUAGUGUGAAGAGUGUUAUUGUCUCAUAUUUCUGCCUCGAAAUUCACGUAAAUCCUUAGCCGGUAUGCUAUCCCUAUUUUAAUAGAUUAUCGCCGACGUUGUACGUGAUGCAGUAUAAGUACCAAUAGUAAUGUUAUUAUGCGGGUUAGACUUUCCCCGUAAUUCGCAUCACACGAUCCGGUAGCGGACUAGGCGAACGUACCAUUCGCGUCACCGCUUUGAUAUAUCAGAUAUGUAAUAUAUAUUCGGAGACACCCCGCUCGGAUUCUUCGACAACGAGAUCGGAAUAUCGAGCUUCGCUUAUCCAAUACGAAUCAAAUAUCGCAAACUCAUUCUCUCGUGACAUCUCCUCUACAUCAGUCUUACCGAAAAUUUGAAUGACCACGGAUGUCGAGUGUAAGAUCGUGGACUAAAUCUGAUCAACUCAUAAUUAGCCGGAAUGUCUUUGCACGCCUUGAUACAUCACGAACUGAGUCCGAGCAGUAGUUCUGCCGCAGGACCAUCUGCGAUUAGUUCCAGGAAUGUAACAUCUAAGAUACCAGAAGACAACCUCAAUCGUACAGCCCACGAUGACGAACCUCGAUCACCUCAGCCGACGACGCCGUCACCCGAGCAAAUCCAACGAGUAUUCGAUGUUGCUCCGUUGAAUGUCACGAACAAACGCCGCCGGCUGGCCAUCACAACGCUCAUCGUUGCUUGUAACCUCAUGCAGAUGAUUUGCAACAUGAUGGGCAUAGCCGGCGGAUUAGCAAUCAGCGAGCGACUCGGUGUAUCUGGUGUCCAUGCUAAUUGGGUUGGCGCAUCUUACCCCCUUACGCAAGGAACUUUCGUUCUCAUCAGCGGUCGCUUCGGCGCCGUGUACGGGCAUAAGAACAUGCUACUAUUAGGAAGUCUAAUCCUCAUCAUAUUUACUUUCGCCUGCGGAUUCUGCAAUAGUUUCGUGGCCUUUAACGCGAUGCGCGCGGUGUCCGGCAUUGGAGGCGCGUUCGUGAUGCCGAACGCCGUCGCCAUGAUCGGGAUUACGAACCCGCCCGGCUUCGCGAGGAACCUGAGCUUGGCCUUCUUCGGCGCGUCUGCUCCCAUAGGCGGCUGGCUGGGCGCCCUCGUCACCGGAGGGUUUCUCCAGAGCACGCCCUUGGUCUGGUUAUUCGUAUUCAUCGCAGCUAUCAGCUUGAUAGUCACCGUAGCAUUGUGGGCGCUUCUGCCGCGCGAAGUGCCCGUAGAUCCUAAGGGGAAGAUUGACUGGAUCGGCUCUUUUCUUGCCCUCGGUGGGUUGAUUGUCUUCAGCGUCGUAUGGAAUCAAGCACCAGCUGUGGGAUGGUCGAGCCCUAUGAUCAUAGCCACACUUGUCGUCUCCUUCGCUCUGUUCGUCGGAUAUUACAUCUGGGAGCACUAUUUUGCAUCGGAUCCAAUCAUGCCGCUAAGCAUCUUCAAAGCCCCGUCAUUCACGCCGCUAAUAUUCGUAGUGCUACUUAACUUCAUGGCGGCGGGCAGCUUGUUCUGGUAUACCGUUCUCUGGCUACAGGAGAUCCGUCAUUGGACACCGAUGCACUUUGCUGUAGGUUGGACGCCCUUUGGUCUCGGAGGUGCUGCUGCUACGUUUCUGGCAGCCUAUCUGAUCCCCCGAGUUCCGGCACAGUGGAUCUUGGCCAUGGGUUCUUCUUGCAUGUUGGUCGCUAGCAUUCUCAUCGCCACAAUGCCGGAGCAGCAAACUUAUUGGGCUCAAGUAUUCCCGAGCACUGUCAUCUCUGCGCUGUCGCCCGACCUAACCUACACCGCUGCUCAAAUCGUUGCCAGCAACUCUGUUGGUCGGAAGCAGCAGGGCAUCGCAGGUUCGCUGAUAGGAUCUUUGCUUUUGUACGGUACCAGCUUAGGGCUUGGAUUCGCGUCGACCAUCGAGUCGGAGGUAGGCAAGGGACAUGACAAGGUGGUAGGGUAUCGAGGAGCGUUGUAUUUCACGGUAGGCCUUUGCGCGGCUUCGCUCAUACUUGACAUCUGCUUUGUGAGACUAGUGCAGGACAACCGCGAAGGCUGGGAAGAUCCUGCGGACGUAGAUCCAGCUGAUGAGGUCAUAGCGCCCGUGGCAACGGGAACAGAGCUGAGAGAAUUGCAGCCACGUCCUGAACAGCGCUGA